UAAGAAAUGCCAACUGAUAACCUAAGAGGGAUUUCCCUAAGGGAUAAGUACAAAGGGAUGGGCAAAAAUAGUGAUAAUAACUACCCAGCCCAAUUGUCUCAUAAGCGGCAGAGAGAUCAUCCUCAGAUUAACAGCUAUAGAGGGCCAGAAGACAAGGAAAAUAUUGGAAAUAAUGUGUUAGUGAAGCAAGAAUAUAAUGAUGAUUUGAUGACUUUCGAACCUGAAGAUGGGAAAUCUUACGAAAGCGAUCUCCAGAGUUCAUAUAGAAACAACAAGUAUGAGCAUGACACUAACCAGGACACUCAGCAUCCUUCUAAUGGGCUGUCGAAUCUCCAGAGCCCACAGAUUGAGCCAAGGUAUUUGCAAUUUGAGAAUAGCAAUCCAGUUUGAGGAUCUGCUAGGCUUCAGACUGCUCCAGAAUAUUCAAGAGCAGAGGAGUCCUUGGUCUCAUAUGCUGAUAAGUUAAAAUAAAUAUAAACAAGAAAAUGAGAGUUUGAGGAAGAUGCUGUCUGAGAACAGCUUGGACACCAGACCUAUCAAGCCCCAAAAAUUCAUAGAAAAGCUUGUCGCUCGCUCAUUAAGCAAUGCCAAAACUCAAGGCAGAGAGAAGAAGGAAUCUAGGAACAUUGGGCAAGAAAAGGCUAUUUUCCAGGACACCCAAGAGACCAUGUUCGAGACCUCUCCAUUGCGAGACUUUAAGGAUGCAAAUGCUGGUCAUAGGAACAACAACAAGAAUCAGAUUCUAAAAAACGAAUAUAAUUUCACAGAGAAAUAACUCGUUUAUAGUAUCUCAGUCAAGUUUCGAGAAUACCCAUCAGAGAAAGGAAGAGGAUAAUUCAAGAAAUAUCUGAUCUGUCAACCUGAGCAUCCCUGAAGUCGUUCCUGAGAACAAAGACCAGAGUUUUUACGAAGAUCAUGAACUAUUGGAGAAUCCACAAAAAUGACUUCAAAAACUGAAGGUUGAGGAAGCAAAGACCAGAAAACUCACCGAGAUUGUAGAGGAACUCAAAGUUCAACUCAAAAAGACCAGAAACGAGAUCAUCAUUCUUAGGGAGGAAAAAUCUUUAAAGAGGAGGACCAAAUCGAAGACGAAGGAGAACAAGAGACAGAGUUUUAUUCUCAACUUAAAAAAUCCUAAAAUUCACACCACAUUCUCAAAGCAGGGGAGAUGAAAUUCAAAGAAGACAAUUGUGAAGAGUAGUAACAAAUGUAUUGAACGCGAACUGAUGAGAAAUCCUUCAAAAUAUAAAUUUGCUAAGGUAUCUGGUAGAAGAACGAGCAAGCCAAGAUUUGUGAAAAUGUCAAAAUCAGGUAAACCUGGGAGUGAGUACAAGAACAGAAGAGGAAGUUCUAGAAGGACAGCCAGAAAUCCUAGCAAGGAGAUUAAAUAUUAA